AGCCGCCAUUUCGGCUCAGCCUCGCAUUUGAGCCGCUCGAUCCGACCGGGACAUUGAACUCUGCCAUGGCUCUGCGGCUGCUGCUGGCACUGCCCCUGGCAAACGCCCAGCUCCUCUUCGGCAACGUCUCCACUCUGCAAGAGCUGGCGCAGGCGACUCAGCCGGAGGAUGCGCAGGCUACAGAGGGCUUUACACAUCCGCAGCUUUGUGAUUCCAGUGUGAACCAGACAGCUGGCUACAUCUCGAUCAACCCAAUCACAAAAUACUUCUUCUGGCUCUUCGAAGCCAAGACGAACCCUGCCGAUGCGCCGCUGCUCAUGUGGCUCUCCGGCGGCCCGGGCUGCUCCUCCCAGCUGGCCCUCUUCGCAGAGAACGGGCCCUGCAAGGUGUCCAAGGAUGGUCAGUCAACCUACACCAAUCCGCACUCCUGGCACAAUGCGGCGAAUGUGAUCUGGGUGGAUCAGCCUGCGGGAGUCGGAUUCUCUACUGGCAUUGGCACCCACAACGAGAAAGGGGUGGCUGACAAUAUGUUCGUGUUUCUGCAGAAGUUCUUCCAGGAGUUCCCACAAUACCAGAAGACAAAGUUCUUUGUCUUUGGCGAAUCCUAUGCAGGCCACUACGUGCCGGCGAUUACGCACCGAAUUUGGAGCGGCAACAAGGCCUCAGAGGGCCUGCACAUCCCACUGGCCGGUCUGGCCAUUGGUAAUGGCCUAACCGAUCCUCUGGAGCAGUACAAGUGGUACCCCGAGAUGGCGCACUUCGGGGGGCAGAAGGAGGGCGGCCACGCACCGGCCAACGUGGUGAGCAAGGGAGACUACUACAUCAUGAAGGGCUUGGUGCCAAUUUGCGAGCUGGGCAUCGUCGCUUGCAACCGAGGCGUGGAUCCGGAUCCCACCAGUGGGGGAGUGGUGAAUGCCACCGCCUGCUUCGCCGCCUACGACGCCUGCAACUUCAUGGCCAUAAUGCCCUACGAGCUCACAGGCAAGAACCCCUACGACAUGCGUAUCCCUUGCUCCCACGGGAAACUCUGCUACGACUUCGACAUGAUCGGCACCUACUUGAACAAGCCGGAGGUGCAACAGCAGCUUGGAGUGAGCAAGAAGUGGGGCUCUUGCAACUAUGUUGUGGACCUCUCCUUCGUCACCGCGGGUGAUUGGCUUGUGCGGUACCAGGGCCUCCUGCCGGAGCUGCUGAAGGAUGGCAUUGACGUACUGAUCUACGCAGGGGAUGUGGACUACAUUUGCAACUGGUUGGGAAACAAGGCGUGGACCACGAAGCUGGACUGGGAACACUCUGCUGACUUCCAAAAAGCGGAGGACAAAGAGUGGCAGGUGUCUGGAAAGACAGUGGGAAAGCUGCGCUCUUCCAACCAUUUGAAUUUCAUGCAGGUCUUCGAGGCGGGGCACAUGGUGCCCAUGGACCAGCCGGAGGUGGCCCUGAAGAUGGUCGCCGACUUUGUGAACGGCAAGCUCGGUAAGUCUGCUACUGAGGAGUUAGUGGUGUAGAAAAGUGCAAGAAACUGCGACGUGCUGAUUGGGCGCGCGCUUUCAAGCCCGAUGGGACAGCUGCGUCAGCUGAUGUGCGGUGUCCAAGCAGGACAGUUUUGAUCUCACUGGCCUGGCGACCAGUGUUUUUGCGUUUGCUCGUUAUUUAAGUUAAUUCUGCUGUCAGCAAGAUGCAGCUUCAGCCCAUUGCAGUUCCAAAGCUUGAACAGCCC